CAGUCCCCCCUUCUUUUUCCUCAUUCUCCUCUCCCCCACACCGGCGACGCCCCAUGCUUCCCGCUCCCCCUCCCUUGCCGCCGCCUUGUUUCCCCCACGCCGCGCUACUGCCUCGUUCCCCUCCGUCAAGUGCCGAUUUUGUGUCGAUCUGCGGCGAGCGGGAGCGUGCCGGAGCAGAGGGAGCGUACUGGAGCACCGGCGAGCCGGAGCUGGGCCUCGACAAGGUCGGCUUCUCCAAGCGCGGGAGCGGACACGGCGGUUGUGACAGGCAGAGCAGAGCGAAGCCGGCGCCUACGCACAACCACCGCCUCGUUCUUCCCCGCGGCUGCCGGCGGCCGGAGCUUCCGCCCGUGCACGAGUCGUGCCCAGGUGAAGCUGCAAUCGCUUCCUUUUUUCUCCAGAAUCAAUGGAAGGGACAACAUUUUGGGAUUGCAGGACAAUGAGCCAGAUGUGGUUGCAGAUUCUAGCGCUGAAGCUUGUCAAAUAAUUGCAACCACAAUCCAUGGUUGAAAUGGUCUGCCUAAACAGGUAAUGGCGAUGCUACAUUCAUCUUGAUAGUCUAUAAUGUUUGUCUAUGAAGCACAAUUUGCUGAUAUGGUGGUUAAUUAAACAUGAUCUGUUGUGUUUGAAAUUACAGGACAAACAAGUGUUCUAAAGUUCUGAAACACUCGAUCAGUAAUACAUUUAUUCAAAGAAGAAAUUAACAGAAACA